UGCGCGCCACUGUGUGUAGUAUUAAUUGAACCUUCGAAGAAUGUGUGUUGUCUUAUGAAUAUUAGUGUGUUACUGGUCGAUAAAGAUAAAUUGAUAACAACGCAACGGAAAUUAGGUAACCUUAUAUUGGAUCACGCGAAUCACAGACUUUACUCAGUUCACCGAGUGAUUUCUCAACCUUGGCUUUUAUCCUCUAACAUUAAUUCAAAAAACCGAUUCAGGACGAAUAUGAACCCUCCAAACCCAAAAUUUGUUUACCCCUUCAAGAGACCGUGGAUGAGGGAAAACGGUGCGGCAGCUCCAGCCGCAGGAAAUACAGGGAUUAAAGGAAUUAUUGCAGGUGGUAUUACUGGAGGAAUCGAAAUUUGUAUAACCUUUCCUACUGAAUAUGUCAAAACACAGCUCCAGCUGGACGAAAAGGGGGGUCAAAAGCAAUACAGUGGGAUAGCCGACUGUGUGAAAAAAACUAUGAAGAGUCACGGAUUUUUUGGUCUUUAUAGGGGUCUUAGCGUACUUCUAUAUGGGUCUAUACCAAAAAGUGCCGUAAGGUUCGGAUCAUUUGAAGCUUUUAGAAACAAGAUGGUACAGCCUGACGGCACGCUGAGCGUGUCUGGAAGGUUAUUGUGCGGUUUGGGAGCCGGAGUAAUGGAAGCUAUUUUUGCCGUAACCCCGAUGGAAACUGUUAAAGUAAAAUUUAUAAAUGAUCAGAGAAGUGCUAAUCCUCGUUUUAAGGGAUUUUUCCACGGAGUUGGCAUUAUAGUCAAAGAACAAGGAUUUGGAGGAGUAUACAAAGGUUUAACGGCAACCAUAAUGAAACAAGGUUCUAAUCAAGCCAUCAGAUUUUUCGUCAUGGAAUCCCUCAAAGACAUGUACAAAGGUGGGGAUAGGGACAAGAAGAUUCCCAAAUUAUUAGUUGGAGCAUUUGGUGCUGUUGCAGGUGCUGCUUCAGUAUUUGGAAAUACCCCCAUAGAUGUAGUGAAAACCCGUAUGCAGGGACUUGAAGCUGCCAAGUACAAAAGUACAAUAGACUGCUUCCUGCAAAUUUGGAAGAAUGAAGGCCCUUUUGCAUUUUACAAAGGAACUGUGCCAAGGUUGAGUAGGGUGUGUCUAGAUGUAGCCAUAACCUUCAUGAUAUACGACAGUUUCAUGGAGGUGUUUAAUAAAAUUUGGCCAUAAUAGGAGUUUUUCAUAGUGUUGAAUAUUUUACAAAUCUGGCUCAUGAUGUACCUGCUUCACUAAAUUGUAUUUGUGAAGUUUACUCGUUAGAAAUUAAGAAAAAUAUUAAGUGGGGUUCAAUUAGGCUCAAGAACCUUGAAUUUUUCGAACGAAAUCUUAUUCGCUAGACAUUACAAAAGCAUUUUACAUAACAUUCCAAAUUAUGUUUCAAUACUAGUCAAGCUGCCGUUGUUCAAUGUUUGUGAUUUAUAAAUAUAUAUUUUUCUAUAUUUUCUACUACAUCGUCUUGCUGCGUGAUUUAUUGUUACUGUCACUUUUUGCCUUUCAUCUUAUAUUUAUUUUCCCGGUAUCAUUAAAACAUAUUUUAUUCAAAUAUUCAAUUUUCAAAUUGGUGAAAUUUAUAGCUAUUUGUAAAUAUUUUGUAAUGAAUGUAUUCAAUGAAUUUUUACCCUGAGAUUGAAAAUGAUUUUUAUUGAGCCUAGGAAUUGGUGGAAAAUUCAUUGUAUGUUUAUAUAACAUUUGUUUCAAUUGACAUUAAACAUUAUUACUUCUUGUCUA